CUAUGAUAUUCUGGUUCACAUUGUACCUACUUUCCUAGUAUUAUUACGUACAUGUUUGCUACUUUCAUUCCGCGGAAUUUUGUUGGGGGAUUUUAGCUUUUAUUCGGUUGUUGGAUUUAUGGAUUCAACUGUGGGAUGCCCGGGCGGACAAUUCAACAGGAAUUGCAAGAUAACUGAUUCAACAUACUGCAUUUUCUUUUAAGGCUUCGAUCGCACAAUGCUGAAAUUAUUUGGGUCGCAUUUCCUUAGGUCCAUCCACAAACUCUAAAUUGGCAGAAUAUGGGUCGCGGGACUAGCAGUGGUGGUGGCCAGAGUUCCCUGGGCUAUCUUUUUGGAAGUGGGGAGGCUUCCAGUUCGAGCAAAACCCGAAAUGCUCCUGUUCAAAGUCAACCUGAAAAUGAAGGGCACUCUCAAAAUGCAAAUGUUGCACCACGACCAAUUAAUAAAGAAAUUCCAGCUGGAAUUCAUGGGAAUCUGACAAACAAUUACCAUCGUGCUGAUGGGCAAAACUGUGGCAAUUUUAUCACUGAUCGACCAUCUACCAAGGUUCAUGCUGCCCCUGGAGGUGGAUCUUCUUUGGGCUACCUCUUUGGCGGUCCUCCUGGGAACUAAUCUUCUGUGUUAAAGACAAAUAUGCUUCUCAACAACACAUGUUGUGUGUAAUAUAUUAACUGCUACAUAUAUUAUGUUUAUCACCACGCACUUGUUCCCGGAGAAAUUGAACUCAAUGCCAUGAUGUUGGUGUGACUGAUGACCCAUCAUUUAUUUGCUGGUAAAGCUGUUGGCUUUCAAUUAUGAAAUUGGCUGUGCGCACCAGCACACAGAGUCGCCUGUUAUUA